AUCACCACCGUCUCCAGCCCCCCACCCACGUUCGCUCAACGUACCCGGCACCGCAUUCUUUCCUUAUUUUUUUUACGCAUCCACACUGUAUAUUAUACACGCGCUCCGUCUUCGUUGCACCGCCCGUCUUUUUUCUCGCCGGUGUCUCGCUCCCGCACGCCGCCUAUCUCACCGUCCGUCCCUCUCGCUUGCCGCGCGGCUGCUCGUUCGUUCUUCCUGGUCUCCGCCGCCGUGGACGUCCCUUUUUGCACGCGGGCAACAGGUUAAAACGUGCACAGACUCGCGCACCGCAGCGGACGCGCUGCUUACAUGGUUUCCAGACAACCACCGCUGUCGUUAUACGCGACCGUCAGAAAAAUGUCCACGUUUGCCGGUCACGUGGACAGACACAGAGGCGUCGUCGUCAAAUCCACCAUAGCCGCCACGGAACAAGAGAAACCGACGGAAUUCGGUCCCAAGCUUGCGAGAUCUCUAAUUAAAUGGUCGGCGGAUGAACAGGUGCACUUGGUGUGGUUCCAGAUAGCUCGGCAACAUGCGCAUUGGAUUUCGGAAUUGGCCAAAAACAAUUUCCUGUUUCACAGAACAUCACCGGACGGUAACGAACUGUGGAUGUACAAACGUUUAAGGGGUGAAAGCACAUCUACUGUAGACUCCCCUCAUACGUAUACAGGGGCGGGAGGUCUAGUGAUACGCGACGAUCAUUUGUUAGUCGUCAAAGAGCAUAGCCUACCAUUUUGGAAAUUGCCCGGAGGUUAUGUAAAUCCUGGAGAAAAUAUCGGUGACGCUGCCAUUAGAGAAGUAUUUGAAGAGACGGGCAUCAGAGCCGAAUUCGUAUCUUUAGUGGCGUUCAGGCACGUUUUAAGUGGGAGUUUCGAUUGUGAUGAUAUGUAUUUCGUUACAAACUUGCGACCGUUAACUUUCGACAUUGUGAUUGAUAAAGAGAUAUCAGAAGCUAAAUGGAUGAAGUGCGAAGACUUUAUAUCGAGUCCAGAUGUUGGUGAACACAGCCGUUUUUUCGUCAAAACGUUUAUCGAAAAUUCUAAAAACGGCAUCACGAUGAAACCUAGUAAAACUAUUCAUCAAUUUACCAAUAAAGAAUUUAUCAGCUACAUAGCAUCCUGCAGUACACCGACAGAUUCUAGUUCAGAUAUUUAAACGCACAUUAGCGGAAACAAUUAUUUUCAAUACGUUAAUUAUUAUUAGGUGAAUGCGUGAAUGUACAUACAUUACACGCCUAUGUUAUUAUUGUUUGUGUAGGAUUGUAAUACAUAUAUGUAUACUAUUA